ACCUUUUGCACUGGUAUAUUACCGCCGUAUUUCUCUUUACCUACACUAAAAGUCAAAUAAGAUGUCCUGCAAUAAGGUGUGCUGCUAGUUGCCCUCAUGGUUUUGCUAAAGAUGAAGCAGGUUGUAACACAUGUAACUGCGUGAAAGUUGAACCAAAAAAGAAAUUGUGCUCACCUAUUGCUUGUCUGUUACGGUGCGAAAAAGGCUUGGCAAAGGACGAAAAUGGCUGUCCGAUGUGUAAAUGCAUUGGACCUUGUGAUAAUAAAGAGUGCGGGAAGGAUGAAUUAUGCGUGGAAAAGGAAGUAGCUUGUCUCAGCCCACCGUGCAACCCAGUAGGAGAAUGUUUAAAAACGAAAGACUCUGGAACACAUAAUAGACGUCCUUGCCCUAUACAAGAAUGUGUCAUGGCAUGCCGGUAUGGACAAAAACUCGAUGAGAACAAUUGCACAAUUUGCGAAUGUGCCAAUAUUUGUACUGAUCAUCAGUGUCCAUCAGACGCGAACUGCACUGAAGACAAAAGUCAUUGCGGAGAGGGUGAAGCUUGUUACCCUAUUCCAAAGUGUAUACAAUCGGAAGAAACCCAAACUACUUUUAUUCCUUCAUUAACUACAAGUUUAAUUAAGAACGGAGAGGAAAUAGUUGAAGAGUGCGAGCCAGAAAAUUGUCAAAAACCCUGCCCACACGGCUACAAAUUGGAUUCUAAGGGUUGUAGAACGUGCGAAUGUAUAGAUAUCUGCAAGGAUGUUGUUUGCGAAGGGGAGAGUUAUUGCAAAGUUGAAAAGGACUGUGCUGACGGCCAUUGUAUAUACUAUCCAGAGUGUAAAGAACCCGUCGUUUGUCCACAAAUAAUAUGCGAUUCCAGUCAAUGCGCAUAUGGAUUAAAGGAAGUGGACGGUUGCGCAAUAUGUGAUUGCGCGUCUGAUCCUUGCCAGAAUGUCGUUUGCGCAGACAGGAGUGUAAAUUGUUCUACCGAUUGCUCUCAAGAACACACCUGCAAACCAAUUUGUAAAGUAAUUAGUAAUAUAGCUGAUCACAGGCCAAGGUUUUUGAUAUCAAUAAAAGCCAUAAUCGUUAUUUGUUCUGGCUGUAUUGCAUUGAUUUUAAUGUCAAUUCUCUUUGUAAUUUUCUUGUGUGUUAAAAGAAGAGAUAGUCAUCAAUCGAAAUUUGUGAUUCAAAAUGAAAGUCAAAGUACAAAAGUUUAAAAUAUAUAAUGAAGAAUAUUUUUAUUUGUUAAUAAAUUAACAAUAAAUUGCAUUUAUUCGAAUUUACUGUACAUCAUUUACUUGUAUUAUUAUCAUUUUGAACAAUUAAUUUUUAUAUGUCUCUCUCUUUCAUUCGUAUUAUCAAACUAAUUCAUAGUUGAAUGAUAAAUAAGUUUACUGGAAAUCAGUAAAAAAAACAAUUUAUGUAAAUUAUGAAAUCAGGACAUAACAAAUAGCGUACUAUGUUCCCUUUUCAAAAGUAGUUCAAUACAGAUGUUCAAAAUCACACAAGACUUUGCAUUGGAGGGUUUUUUUUGUCAUAAUUUCUAACAUAUAACUGAAUACCGUUGUUAUUUUCAAAAAAGAGGUCAGAAGAUAAGUCAAAAACAUUGUCUAUAUCGAAGUAGACAUUUAUACAUUUUCAUAGAGUUCUAGAGUCUCCAUCUGCAGGCUAAAGAAUAAUUUUCAGUGAUUAUUUCACUACGUUACCAUAAUACAAUAGAUAAUUAACAAUAAAAACAUUGCAGAAUAUUAACAUUACAUGAAAUUUUAACUUUAAUAGAAUUUAAACGAAAAUUUCUACAAGAGAUAUAUAGAAAGUGAUAGAAGAAGGAUUUUAUAGGAUUCGCAUCAACACAAUUCCUCUUUGGAAUACAGCAGACAGAAAUAUAAUUAAUAAGGCUGAAAGCAACAGAAAAAAUGAACAUGAUAAAACUACAUGACAUUUAUUAUGAUAUAAAUAAAAGCCUUUUAAUAACAAUCCAAGUAUCUAUAUAAAAUAAAAACCUACUUGAGUAUCAAGUUUAAUUACUAAAUAUGACUUGAAACAAGGUUUCUUAUACAAUAUAAAAAAGUAAAUUACAUUCGAGAUAUACAUUGCUAUUUGUACAUUAUUCCUUGUUUUUUAUAUAUAAUUCUUCAAGUUUUAAAACAUUGUCUCUUCAUAAAAACAGCGGAAUACAAAAAAUAAAGAUAAUCAUAACUAAAACAGCAUAUUCAAUAAUUUAAUUAAAAGAUAAUAUUGAAAUAAAUCACGAAUAAAUGCUUCUUCUUCUUUUCUUUUUUUAUUAUUAUUAUAGAUUUCUUUUUAUAUUAAAUCCACAAAAUACUAAAUAUCUUAGGCGUUCUCUAAAGUUGUAUUUUUCUUUCUCUUUAACCUCUUCAUUUCUAGGUACAACAGUCCUUGACUUGUAAAACGAAAAAGAACUCAAAAGUUAUUUCGUAAUCAUUCUCCCCUACAUGAUUAAUAUAUAAAUCAUAAUGUCCUUUUCAUCCUAUAAUCUUCUAAGAAAAUCACCUAGUUUUUAAAUCUUAAUUAUCAGUCAUUCAAAGAGUUGGAUAAAGUAAAAAGAAAAAAAGAUUAUUAAAAUUAGAAAUUAAUAAAUGACUCUUAUCUUUAAUGAUGUUCAACAAAAUGAAUGAAAAUCGACAUACGUUGUAAGAAUCGUCGAAACAAUUUCGACACAAGAUUAUAUAUAAGAAUUCCUAUUGUUCCAAUUUAAGUCAUUUAAUGUAGUAUUUUUUCGUGUACAUCUGACAACUAAAAGAAUGAAACUUAUUAUAAACAAGAGUGGAAUCAUCACAAGAACAACUAUGAGGGCUAUGUUGCUAGAGUUACCAUCCUCAGCUUCUCCAUCAUCGCUAUAAAGUUUUAUAUAACGUAGAGGGGUUAGUAGCUUCUUUUGAUUUACUUCAACAGAGUAAAAAAUUUUCUUUGUCAGAGAACAAUAUUCCCUUUCAGGUGUAAAACAUUUAACUUGUUUAAAAUCGAGACACUUUCUCGACUUUUCAUCAAAUAUUAGCUGCUUCGAGCAAGAUUUCUCCGACCAGAAUAAUCCUGAUGAUCCGUUCUCACAGAUUAAAUACUUGGUACAGUUACUCUUAUGAGGUCUUCUAGAACCUUCUUUACAUGGUAGAAAUAGUUCUAUACAUUCCUGACCAUUUUCCUUUGCUUUAAUGUUGUCCGCUCUGGUAACAUUAGAUGAAGUAGAUAUUCCACGAGAUAAAUUCAUAAUAGAAAUGAUUAAAACAAUUGAAUAAUAUAGUUUGUAGUACAUUUUGCAAUUUUUUAGUUAACCAGGAAGAUAUCUAUGCAGUUGCUAGAAUAAUCUGACUAAAACCUUGCAUUGAAUAGAUUAUAUAGAUUCUACUUUCUCUUCUUCCAUUGUGUCUAUUGAAAUAUUUAUUUUAAUAUAUUUCCACUUAACUGAUAUCUAAUAAAAAACAGAAUUCAACAUUUAAAGAUGUGUUUAAGAGUAUUCUGAAAGAUCAUUAUUGAAGAAUGUAUACAAUUUAUUUGAAGAUUUUUAUUUUCUCUUUCAAGCAUACGUUAAUAUAGUUUUUUUUGAUUCUUUCUUAGUAGGAGUCUUAAGCUCUUAUGAGAUCAUAAACGACUGCUUUUGAGCAUGUUAUUUUAGCUUAAUCUCUCUAAAUGACCUGACUUUUUCAAUAUUCAAUGAAUUUUUUUAUAAUAGAUAAUUUAUCCUCACUGCAAGCGACGUAACUACGAUAAAGAGGUUACAUUGCGUAGUACAUAG